AUGGAUCCCGAUCACGACGCCAAAUUCCCUCUCCACGAGGCUGCUCGGGAGGGCAAAACUCAAACGGCCGAAUCUCUCGUGAACGCGAACCCGAAGCUAGCCAACACGAAAGAUGACGAUGAACGUCUACCCAUUCACUGGGCCGUUGCAUACAACCACCUUCCCAUCGUCGAGCUUCUAGUGUCGACCAAGAACUUUGAUCCCGAUGUCGAGGACGGAUCAGGCUGGACCCCGUUGAUGAUUGCAUCCAGCUUGAAAAACGCAGAAGGCGACCCGAUCAUCGAGCUAUUACUUCGAAAAGGCGCCGACGUAACAGCCAAGAGUAACUCCGGUCAGGUACACACCACUCCCUCCACUCCCUCCACUCCCCAUGCACGCAAGAGAAGCAAAGAAAAACAGACCGCUGACCAUCGAAUGAACGGCAUCCCUACACAGAAUGCACUCCACUUCGCAACCUCCAAAGCCAAUAUCUCCACCGUCCGCACCCUAAUAGCCAAUAAAUGCAGCGCCAGAGUUAAGGAUAAGCGCGGACAGCUACCCCUUCACCGGGCCGCCGCGAUCGGGUCGACGGCCAUCAUCAACAUUCUGCUGAAAGAUGGAAAGAGUCCAGCCAAUGCGACGGAUAUGGAUGGCAUGACGGCGCUGCAUCAUGCUAUCUGUGAAGGCCAUGGCGACGCUGCGAUCACGUUGCUCAAGGCAGGUGCGGAGACGGAUAAGAGGGAUGCUGAUGGGAGAUUGGCGAUCGAUAUGGCUCCUGAUGGGAAGGUCAAGGGGUAUAUAAUCCAGACUGCUGAGAGGGAAGGCAUUGAAUUGUAA